AUGGAUAGGGAGGCGUACCGCAACUGUAGCAGCCUGGUCAAAAUACCAGUGCAGUCGUACGAGCAGUUUUGGUCUUCGCAUUUUGUAGACUACAUCGACAAGGAGCUGAGCUAUUCAAAAUUUUUCAAGAAAUACUUGCUACCUAAUCACCCAUGCAUGUUUUCAAGAAGGUUCACAGAUGACUGGAAAUGUAGAAAACAGUGGGUGACUGAGGAGGGAAAACCAAAUUUCCAGAAACUGCUGCAAGAGUAUGACGAGACUCCGGUCCCUGUUGCAAACUGCAAUGCUAAGGAGUACAAUGCAAAUCCUAAACAAGUAAUGCCAUUUAAAGAAUUUAUCCAUUACUGGAAGGAAUACAUCCAGAAUGGACACUCAUCGCCCAAAGGAUGCCUAUAUCUUAAGGAUUGGCACAUGUCACGGGACUUUCCAGAACAUAAUGUUUAUACUACACCCGUCUUCUUUUCUUCUGACUGGCUAAAUGAAUAUUGGGAUACGCUUGAGGUGGAUGAUUACCGCUUUGUCUACAUGGGACCCAAAGGCUCAUGGACCCCGUUCCACGCAGAUGUGUUCCGCUCCUACAGCUGGUCUGCAAACAUCUGUGGCAGAAAGAAGUGGCUGCUAUAUCCUCCGGGUCAGGAGGACUUUUUACGAGACACUCACGGCAACCUACCAUAUGAUGUAACUUCAGCGGAACUUCAAGACAGAGGCCUUUUCCCUCACUUUGAAGAAGCCUGCCAGCCUCUUGAAAUUAUUCAAGAGGCUGGAGAAAUAAUUUUUGUACCAAGUGGAUGGCACCAUCAAGUUUAUAAUCUGGAAGAUACCAUCUCUAUUAAUCAUAAUUGGCUGAAUGGCUGCAACAUUGACAUCAUGUGGCAGUUCCUUCAGAAUGAACUGUCAUCUGUUCAAAAAGAGAUAGACGAAUGGAGAAACACAAUGGAUUCGUGGCAUCAGCACUGUCAGGUCAUCAUGAAGGCCUGCUCUGGUAUUGAUUAUGGGGAAUUUGCCUCAUUCUUGAAAAUAAUUGCUGAAAACCGGAUGGCUUUCCUGAAUGCUUGUUCUUCUGGUGAUUCCUCAGAUUACUCUCGGCAUCUCUCAGAGACCCUGAUGACACUUGGACCUUACCACGCUGCCUUUGAUUUACAAAGAGUGGCUCAUAUUAUUGAAUGCCUCUUGUGCAACGAAGACUUUAAGCGGCUUGAUCAUUCAGCAACUUUGCAGCCAGAAACCCUGUUACAGCAAAUCCGAGACACCGUACAGUCCACAAGAGGGCAGCAUCUCCUUUAUCAGGAGUAAUAGAAUAUGAACACGGUCACCUGGAAUAGCUUGGGAAAAGAAAGUGCCAACUUGUAUAGUGUAAAAGAGAUACUGUAAAGGUAUUGCUUUACAUUUGUCUUGUAUUUAUUUUCAGUCAAAUUUUGCUUGUCUGGACUUUGGUUUUGCACUGAAAGGAAAAAAAGGUAUUAAAAAAUACAUUGGUUUC